UCUUGCAAGGCAGGUUACCAUUGGGAUUACCCGACUGACGUAAUCAUAACUAAGAUUUUUCACGACCAUCGGUUGCAAUGACCCAAAAUAGACAAUAAAAUUGUGACGAGGAUAAUUAAGGAAGUAGCUCUUAAUGGAAUUAAAGAGGUGCAUCAGAUUGCAACUGGUGAUGUCAGCUUUGCACUUUUCUUUUCUUUCCAUGAAAGAUUUUUCUUCUGAAUCCAGUUCCAGAAAAAGAGGUCGUUGGCAUCUCUUCACUGAGCGACUGCUUUCGUAUAAAUAAGAGGAGGCAAUGGACGACGAUAACAGUUUUCCAGACUCGAAGAAGGAAACGACAUAUCUCUUAUUCACCAUGAAGACGAUCAGCGUUGCCCUGUUGGUGUUGGUGGCCCUUUUUGCCCUGAUGGAGGUCACUGGAGCCCUGCCAGCACCCGAACCUAGCCGACGCCACUUCUUUGGAGGUAGUCCCUAUGGCUUCGGCGGUUACGGCUAUAGACCUCACGGAUACGGCUUUGGCUACGGCGGAUACGGCGGUGGCUUCGGAGGCUUUGGAGGCUUUGGUGGCUUUGGUGGCCAUGGAGGAUUUGGAGGUUUCCACGGUUAAUAACGAACUUCUCUAAGAUGAAGAUCAUUUAUGAAGAUAAUUGCAGUCAUUGCGUCAGCGACCUUCAGUUAAUAAACCAAACGAUUUGUUAGAUAUGGAAAGUUUUCUAAAGGAAAUGUGAAAUCUAUUCUUUUAUAUAAUAAAUUUUAUAUUUUUCCAA